AUGAGGCUCUACUUAUCUCGGGCUUCAAUGCCGAUUUCUGAAUGUAGGUUGAGACAGAGCGAAGCUAUAUCAAGUCAAGGGCGGAUCCCUUUUCCCGUGUCAGAAUCGAACGAGCGAAGUGACAUCUCUCAGUGCCAGCCUGCUUUCUAUCAUCCUUUUCAGCAACCCACUUCAUACAUGAUCUCGCAGUCUAUUAUCGCUAUCUGUGCAGUCUUGGUGUCAUGCGUCGUAUCCGUAUCCACAAACGCGACUAAUGUCGUCGACAACCAUCGUCUGUUUUCGGGAAGAAUUCCACAUCCCCAGCUCUUCGGUAUUUCGGGAUAUGUUGCCUCGACCACGGUUGGCGCUGGAGGUGGUGAAGGUCUCAAGAUCUUUCCCGAUCUAGCCAACGCCGAAGGCACUGGCUCACAUGUCGACUGGACUUGGAGGCUUCACGGCAUCCCCUCGUACCUAUACACCGAGCACAAUUUAAGCUCGGCAGAUCUCGAGCGCAACAGCUACCGUAUCGUUCAGGACAAAGCUCCGGACAGCGACUCGGACGCUCGGCCUUCGUACACGGUGGUUCUCGCCUCAGCUUCGACUGUCACGCUCGACAAACGGACCGAUUGUCUGGUCCGCGAUACUCCACCGGCUUCCUGUCAACUCGGCAGUCCGAUGUAA